UUUACAGCAACCUCAGCUGACAUUCAUAAAUUAGUGAAGUAAACGGACAGUUCACAAAUGAGUAUAACAUGAGCAGAAAUAUAGGUUUUCGGUGUACGGGGCUGAAUAACGUACGUCGUAAGCAGGGUGGCAGCUGUCUCAUUCUUGUCAUUUUCCCUGCCUGGCAUUCCAGCUGUCUGAUGUCAUUGCCUCUAAAUCUGCCGUGUAUCACGCCGCUGUUGAAGAACUACUCAAACUUUUAUAAAGAAAUACAACCGUUGAAACUCAUACAGGACCUGAAGAAAAUAUUAUAUUUAAUGUAAAUGUUCAUAGUUUUGUUUGUCUAUGUAAAUCAACAUAAUAGGAAAACGGUUGUGUAAAAAAGAGGAUAAUAUAGAUCCGCGGAUGUAGAGCUUCAUACAGACUUGUUGCUCUUUCGGCAGGAAGUGAAGCACGUCGUUAGCUGAGUUGGUUUUCUGUAUGCAGAUUCUAAACUAAACCUUUUCGAUAUUUGACAUAACUAUCACCUAUAAUGACUGGCGGCAGCUUUGGAUAUGCACAAUUUACAAAUGGACUAAUUUGCUUUUGGCGGACAUCAAUAAGGGAUACAUGUAUCCAACUCAUGGAUGGCCUCUUAUCCACUACAUUUUUGAUGGGCAAAGUUUAGAGACAACGGGACAUAUAUUUCUGGAUCAAGGAAAGACUCCUUGCCAAAGGACUUUGAAACAUGCCCUUGCCAUUCGGCUUAAAACUCAAAAGAACUCGAAGGUAUACUGUCUCAAGCAAGAGCUGUCUGGUCACACGCAUUCAGCUGCUCAAUGGUGAAUUUGUUGAGUUUACUCUUUCUGUGGAGAGCACCGGCCAGGAAUGUUUGGAGGCAGUUGCACAGAGACUCGAGUUACGAGAGAUAACGUACUUCAGCCUAUGGUACUUCAACAAGCAGAACCAGCAGCGUUGGAUCGAUCUGGAGAAGCCCCUGAAGAAGCAGCUGGACAAGUAUGGCCUGGAGCCCACCGUCUACUUCGGCGUGGUCUUCUACGUGCCCACCGUAGGCCAACUGCAGCAGGAGAUCACUAGAUAUCAGUAUUAUCUCCAGUUGAAGAAGGAUGUUCUCGAAGGCCGAAUCCCUUGCUCUAUAGAACAGGCCAUCCGCCUGGCUGGCUUGGCAGUGCAAGCUGACUUCGGAGACUUCAAUCGUUACGAUUCGCAGGAGUUUCUUCAGAAGUUUGUGCUCUUUCCUAUCGGCUGGAUCCAGGAUGAGAGAGUACUGGAAGAGGCCACUCAGAAAGUGGCUGUGCUUUACCAGAACUACAGGGGGUUGCCUGCCCCAGAGGCUGAGAUGUUGUACAUGCAGGAGGUGGAGAAGAUGGAGGGCUAUGGCCAGGAGAGUACCCCAGCCAAGGACAGCCAAGGCACUGAUAUCCUCCUUGGGGCCUGUCUGGAUGGCAUUUUUGUCAAGCACAAAAACGGCAGGCCACCCCUUGUAUUCAAGUGGAAUGAAAUUAACAACAUGACUCACAAUAAGUCCUUCUUUGCCCUGGAGCUGACCAACAAAGAGGAGAGCGUGCAGUUCCAGACUGAAGACCUGGAAACCUCCAAAUAUGUGUGCCGGAUGUGUCUGGCCAGGCACAAGUUUUAUAAGAUUAACAAGAGCAGCCUAGAGGAGUCUGACCCCCCUUCGCCUUCUGAGGGCUCCCAGAAGUCCAUUCUCACUCUUUCCUUUCCUCGCUUUCCUUUUCUGCCUUCUAACAAGGGCCAAACCCAGCCAACCGCUGUGAACCCAGUGAGACGCCGGUCCUCCACCAGGAUGUCUCUGCCAAAGCCCCCGCCCUACAUGUUGCCCCCGCCACAGAUGCAUUACAAUGGUCACUUCACUGAGCCUUACACAUCCUCACAAGACAACCUGUACAUGAACAGUCAGCACGGCUACUACUACCACUCUCAGACCAGCCUGGACCGCUCACCACUCGAGUACGGCAACAGUGGCGGUGGGAACGGGCGGCUGCGUAACGGCAGCGUGUACAGCGCCCACAGCACCAGCUCCCUCACCAACCCCCAGCACUACAUGCAGCCCUCGCCCAUGUCCUCCAACCCCUCCAUCACAGGAAGUGACAUCACCCGGCCCGACUACGUGCCCUCGCACCGCCACAGUGCACUCAUCCCCCCCUCUUACCGUGCCACCCCGGACUACGAGACGGUCAUGAGGCAGAAGAACCGGGGAGGUGGAGGAGGGAUGGUGCAUGGCCACGAGCACCGCCAGAGCCACUCCAUGAGGAACCUGAACAUUGGGAACUCGUAUGCCUACAGCAGGCCGGACCCCCUGGUCUACAGCCAGCCGGAGAUCAGAGGAGAGCAUGGUGGAGGAGGAGCGCACCACCACUACCCUUUCCACCUCAACUCCAGCUUCCACAGCCCCUCGCCGUACCCCUACCCCACGGAGAGGAGGCCGGUGGUGGGGGCGGUUAGUGUACCCGAGCUGACAAACGUCCAGCUGCAGCAGGCGCAGGAGUAUCCUGCAGCCAAUAUCAUGAGGACCCAAGUGUACCGCCCUCCACCCCCCUACCCAUACGGCGCCCACCCACGGCCCGCCAACAGCACGCCGGACCUGUCUCGCCACCUGUAUGUGAGCAGCAGCAACCCGGACCUGAUCAUUACGCGGCGCGUGCACCACUCGGUCCAGACCUUCCAGGAGGACAGUUUGCCUGUAGCCCACUCCCUGCAGGAGGUAUCCGAGCCCCUGUUCCUGGCUGGACCCCCACAACACCACCCCCACCAACACAACGCACACAAACGCAACUCCAUCGAGAUUGCCGGCCUGGCUUACAGCCUGGAGGGUAUGAGGGUCAAGGAAAGGACUGUAUCUGCCUCAGCUGCAGACACCCCCCAUCUGGUCCCUCAUGGCUCCUCAGGCUCCCAGCUCAACGUGUUCCUGGAGCGGACCAAGUCAGAGGACGGGGGGGAGGGGAAAGAGGAUGUUCGCUACGGCCACAAGAAGUCCCUGUCAGACGCCACCAUGCUGGUGCACAGCAGCGAGGAAGAGGAGUUUGAGGAUGAGAGCGGACGCCACACACCCCAAUCCCACGAUGCACUAUUGUCCGGGCCUGACCCGCAGCAGCUUCUAACCAAUCUGGGACAGAUUCCCCUGGAGCCCCCGCCCGCAUAUCCCAUUGGCUCCUUCCUUGACCCUGUCCUGUCUGGUCUCCCAGCCUAUCAGGUGCACCCACUGAUCCAGGAGGCGGAGUCACUGUACCUGUUUGAGGGCGGACAGACUGGCAGGAUGGUGCCCUCGAUGUCGGAUAGUGACAUCAGUGGGCAGAACAAACCGAAGACCAAGAAGGAUUUCAUCAAGAAGAGGCCUGUGUCAGACGUUCCUGCUGGGAAGAAACCCAUUGAUGGCCUGCCUCCUGCCGGCAUGAAGAAGCGGGCUGAGCUGAAGAAGAUGGGUCCCCUGAAGGUGGCGGCCCUCAACGGCCUGACCCUGUCCAGGCUGCCCAUGCACGAGGGAGGCAAGGACCAACCUGAGAAGGCCUCCAACGACGAGAGGUGUAAGGUGCUGGAGCAGCGCAUGGAGCAGGGCAUGGUGUUCACAGAGUACGAGCAGGUGGCCAAGCGGCGUCCGACAGGCGACUGCAGCAUCGCCCAGCUGCCGGAGAGCGGCGAGAGGAAUCGCUUCCAGGAUGUGCUGCCCUACGACGACACGCGUGUGGAGCUGGUGCCCACCAAGGAGAACAACACAGGCUACAUCAACGCCUCGCACAUCAGGAUUACGGUGGGUGGAGACGAGUGGAGCUACAUCGCCUCCCAGGGCCCUCUUUCGAACACCUGUCUGGACUUCUGGCAAAUGGUGUGGGAGCAGGGUGUGGCCAUCAUCGCCAUGGUUACAGCUGAAGAGGAGGGUGGCAGGGAAAAGAGUUUCCGCUACUGGCCACGGCUGGGCUCUCGCCACAACACAGUGACAUACGGACGCUUUAAGAUCACUACGCGCUUCAGGACGGACUCGGGCUGCUAUGCCACCACGGGCCUGAAGAUCAAACACCUGCUGACGGGCCAUGAGCGCACCGUAUGGCACCUGCAGUACACAGACUGGCCCGACCACGGCUGCCCCGAGGACUUCAAAGGCUUCCUCUCGUACCUGGAGGAGAUCCAGUCAGUGAGGAGACACACCAACAGCACCAGCGACCCAAAGAACACCAACCUACCCGUGCUGGUCCACUGUAGUGCUGGAGUGGGCCGCACCGGGGUGGUCAUACUCACUGAGAUUAUGAUCGCCUGUCUGGAACACAACGAGAUGCUGGACGUCCCGACCGUCCUGAACAUGCUCCGGCAGCAACGCAUGAUGAUGGUGCAGACCAUCUCACAAUACACCUUCAUUUACAAAGUCCUUAUCCAGUUCCUUCGCAACUCCAGGCUAAUCUAAGCGUAAGCCUCAGCAGCCCCCCCCCCCCCCCCAAAGGUUUGUGUCGACCACGAGGAAGCAUCUGUGGCUCUUAGCUCCAAAAUGAUGGUGCUGGUGGAUGGUCCUUUUUCGAAGUGUUAAUGGAGGCGUGACUACGAUAAAACCUGACAAUGAAAGGAUCGCAUGACUUUGUGCGUGUCCCCCUCUUGAACAGUAUUAAUGAGAUUUGACUGUAGGAUUUUUACACUACACAAUUACUGACAUGAAACCCAGCACUUGAAACCCAGACAUGAAACCCAGCACUCUGAUUAUUGUAUAUCAAUAUCAUUAAUUACAGAUAUUUGUUUAUCACAGAUUUUUAGUUUUGACGAUUUGUGUGCUGUGCUGGAUGAUGGUCUUUAUAAAGGACUUGACUAAUGUUUUGAUUGAGAAUUCCUGAAGGAAGUUAAAAUCACACUUUGAUUAUGUUGGACUACUGUUUGUUGACCGUGGAAGAUGAGAAUGGCCACUUUUUUUAAAUGAAGGGCAUCUUUGGUGAACUGCACUUGUAUCUAGGGGUGUAGAUGUGUUUCCAUGUCUCUACUGUGGUGGUUUAGGAUUUCUCCUUUGCUCUUAUUUGGCUUAGCAAUAGACCUGACACUAAGACCAUGUAUUGAUUUAUAAGUGGGGUUAAUUUUAUGUUCCCCCGAUGGUACCACAAACCUCACUUUGGGGAAAACUGGGUAUUUGUAACCAAAGAGCUAAAGUCAUUCAAUAGCUACACACAUCAUGUUGAGUUAUUCAGGUGUCUACCAAAGAAUCUUUACUGUUAAACACAAACACACAUUGAGGUAUUUGGACAUAACUGGAAUUGAUGGUAUUACAUUAGCACCCCCAUUGUCUCUCCCGGGGCGGCAGGGUAGCCUAGUGGUUAGAGCAUUGGACUAGUAACCGAAAGGUUGCAAGUUCAAAUCCCCGAGCUGACAAGGUACAAAAUCUGCCGUUCUGCCCUUGAACAGGCAGUUAGUUAACCCAAAAAAAUAAGAACUGACUUGCCUAGUAAAAUAAAGGUUAAAUAAAAAAUAAAAUAAAAAUAUAGCACUAUACCAGAUGUGGCUCACACAUAAUGUGCAAUCCGCAGUUGAUAUAAUAACUAAGUGUUUUCCCCGCCACUGUUUUGGUAAAAAGAUGAGGAAUGGGACUGGAGAAAUGUAACCACUCUCAAAUUCAUAGACAGAGCCAUGUGUGCAAGGACUGACCAUCCAUGAUAUCAAAAUUAUAGUUUGAACCAUGUUUUGAGGCUAUACCGUGUUUGUUUACAUUGGCUUUUACAUUUACUUUGUUUACAAACAUUGGAGUAAAACCAGCUUAUAUUUUAAGUUCUGAUGGGAUACGGCAGUUGAACUAAGCUCAUGAUGCAUUUAUACGUUUUAUAUUCUUCAAGAAUCAAUGGGCACAUUAAUUUGUAAGUAAAAAAAGAAAUAAUGGAUGUAGUAACUGCAGAUGAACCCUUCAGUACAUUCCAUUCUAACUGAUGUGUGCCUAAAUGGUUGGUGGACUCUGGGAUAAGACGGUUUCAAUUGAAAAAGGAUAUGCAGUCGCAAAGUAUUCAGACCCCUUGACUUUUUCCACAUUUUGUUACGUUACAGCCUUAUUCUAAAAUUGAUUAAAUAGAUUUUUCCCCCCUCAAUCUACAUACAAUACUCCAUAAUGACAAAGCAAAAACUGGUUUAGACAUUUUAUUUAAAAAAUGUAAUCACAUUUACAUACUAAGAAAAUAUUAAGAUGGGCAAAAGAACACAGACACUGGACAGAGGAACUGCCUAGAAAGCCAGCAUCCCGGAGUCGCCUCUUCACUGUUGACGUUGACACGGGUGUUUUGCGGGUACUAUUUAAUGAUGCUGCCAGUUGAGGACUUGUGAGGCGUCUGUUUCUCAAACUAGACACACUAAUGUACUUGUCCUCUUGCUCAGUUGUGCACCGGGGCCUCCCACUCUUUCUAUUUUGGUUAGAGCCAGUUUGAAGGGAGUAGUACACAGCGUUGUGAGAGCGCUUCAGUUUCUUGGCAAUUUUUCGCAUGGAAUAGCCUUCAUUUCUCAGAACAAGAAUAGACUGACGAGUUUCAGAAGAAAGUUAUUUGUUUUCAGGCCAUUUUGAGCCUGUAAUUGAACCCACAAACGCUGAUGCUCCAGAUACACAACUAGUCUAAAGAACAGUUUUUUUUUUAUUGCUUCUUUAAUCAGGAAAACAGUUGUGUUAACAUAAUUGCAAAAGGGUUUUCUAAUGAUCAAUUAGCCUUUUAAAAUAUAAACUUGGAUUAGCUAACACAACAUGCCAUUGGAACACAGGAGUGAUGGUUGCUGAUAAUGGGCCUAUGUAGAUAUUCCAUUUAAAAUCAUUUCCAGCUACAGUAGUAACAAUGACUACACUGUAUUUCUGAUCAAUUUGAUGUUAUUUUAAUGGACAAAAAUAUAUAUUUUCUUUCAAAAACAAGGACAUUUCUAAGUGACCCCAAGCUUUUGAACGGUAGUGUAACUAUUUAGUCAGACCCUUUACUCAGUACUUUGUUGAAGCAGCUUUGGCAGCGAUUACAUCCUCUCGAGUCUUCUUGGAUGUGAAGCUACAAGCUUGGCAGAGUGACCAUCGGGUUCUUGGUCACCUCCCUACGGACAAUUCCUUUGACCAUGGCUUGGUUUUUGCUCUGACAUGCACUGUCAACUGUGGGACCUUAUAUAGACAGGUGUGUGCCUUUCCAAAUCAUGGCCAAUUAAUUGAAUUUACUACAGGUGGACUCAAAUAAAGUUGUAGAAACAUCUCAAGGAUGAACAAUGGAAACAGAAUGCAUCUGAGCUUAAUUUUGAGUCUCAUAGCAAAGGGUCUGAAUUACUUAUGUAAAUUAGAUUUUUUUUUUUUUAUCACUUUGUUAUUGUGUAUAGAUUGAGGGAAAUUAUUUAAUCAAUUUUAGAAUAAGGCUGCAACAAAGGGGGGUCUGAAUACUUUCUGAAUGCACUGUAGGUCAGAAAGCAGUUUGUAAGGAGGUAGGUAUUGAGACAUGGCCAUUGAUUGAUUACUUCAGUCAGAUUCAUGUGUACAAGAUGGAAAAAGGAUUGAGAAAUGAGGAGGAAAGGUUUGGUUUGUGGUGGAUGAUUUACAUAUUUAGCCGUUCAGAGACUGAACGUUGCUGAUCCAUACACAGAAUGUGUUUAAAAUGAGUGCCAUAACUAUUGUUGAGGAAAUACCCCUUUACAGCGAGCUUUCUUUAUAUCUGGAAAAUAAGUGCCUACAUAUAUAUUUUUUAAGUGUAGAAAUCUGCAUUGAAAGGGCUUUAUGUAUUGCACAUAUGAAGGAAACAACACUGAUGGAAUUUGUGUUGUGAAUGACAAUCUUUAAAUUGCUAUGGUUUUUUUUCUUGCAUUGUUCGUAUCAGUUUCUUUUGACAUCAUAGUACCAUGAAGUAAUCUGUUCUACUCAUCUUAUGGAGAAACACGUGAUGUGUUCAAUGGCCCUCUUCACAGAGGCAACAUCCCAAUAGUAACAAAUAGCUUCCUUUCCUUGUCUCCUUUGAGUGCUAAAAUUGAAAGAACUUGAUUGGGUUAGAUCUUUUUAAUGUCACCUAUGUUCACGGCCAUGAUCAAAAAGAGGCAAGGAAAAGCAAGUAUUUCAUGAGAAUUCAGACCUACACAUUCAUUGGAAAGCACUAAUCAUAUUUUGUCAUCCUGUUCCCUAGCAGUGCUUGGUAUGUUGAACUAAGUACCAUGCGCAUUAGUGUAAGGAGGUAUGUGUCAGGGCUGUAUUACAGAUGUGUUUAGUGGACUAUGAUUGGUUCAGAGUAUCACUGGCAGCAGUUAUCCUGGGUACAGUGCUUGUUUUCACCCCAGUGAGACAUUUGGCCCACCUCUGCUACAGAGAGAGACACAUCCUGUCGUUAAAACAGGCCUAACCACAGUGACAACCAAUACAUGCUGGACCAGAGUUAAGAUCCUAUAUAUCAGGUCAAAUUGGUUCCCAAAUGGCACCCUAUUCCCUACUGUUCCCUACACUACCAUUGUCACUACCAUUGUCACUACCAUUGACAGGGGUGCAUAGAGGCUAUUUUCAAAAGUAGUGCACUAGAGAGUAGGGUGCCAUUUUUGGACUGUGAUCUUUUUGCUAGCCUAUAGCCACAUUACCUGUAAAGUAACUGUAAAGGGAUCUUUUUUUUUAAUGAAUUGCUGUCAGAAUUUCAGAAAGUAUUUUGACUGACAUGUAUAUCCUUAUGAGGACCAUCUGGUCAAAGCAGUCUAUCAGGAAUGAUGAUUCCAAAAGCAGAUUUUUGUCAAAAGAGUACUAUUUUCUUCCAGAAAGGUGGGUUUGAUAAGGCUUGCUUUUGAAUAAGAAUUGAAUUUGUUUAGGUGUGAAACUGUUUUAAACUUUUACCAUAUUUAUUAGAUUGAACUGGAAAAAACUCAUAACCCGUAAGUAAACUGAGUGGACAUUGGUUGGCUUAGAACAGAACUGGAUUUUAACGGCCCUUGUACAUGCUGCUUUUUUUACCAUUUAAAAAAAAAGAUCAUGCUGAUUAUUGAUUUGAGUCUUAUGUUGUGGAAGUUGUUACAGAAUGUUACUCAUUUGUAACUGAGGCUACAGUUUGGCCCAUAUCUGAUCUCCUAAGAAUGUUAUACCGGUUUGCUAUGCUGUACACAUUGAAAUCCUCCGUUUUAAAGCACCAUGUUGUUGUAACCAAUUUAGACCUAUUACCUGUAUAAAAUGAAGGAAAAAAACGGA